UCAGAGCGCAGGCGCCUUCUCGUUUCCUGUAUCCCGAUCCUCCUUGACAGUUUGGAAUCACUCCCGGGGUGAAUUCGUGUCGACUGCCCAGAGUCCGCGAAUUCAGGUCCGUUAAACAAACCGAGCCCAUAGUCUGACACAACAACAAAAACAACGACGACGACGCAGAAUCUGUUACUCGCAUACCCGAACGAACAGGUUUUGUUAAUUUGACCGAAACACCCCUGUGAUCAGAAUGUCCCUGCAUCAGUUUCUAUUGGAACCAAUCACCUGUCAUUCCUGGAACCAUGACCGAACUCAGGUUGCCAUUAGCCCCAAUAACCACGAGGUCCAUAUCUAUAGGAAGAGUGGGAACCAGUGGGUCAAAGCUCAUGAGCUUAAGGAGCACAACGGGCACAUUACAGGCAUUGACUGGGCCCCAAAAAGUGACCGCAUUGUAACUUGCGGCGCAGACCGCAAUGCUUAUGUCUGGAGCCAGAAGGACGGGGUCUGGAAACCCACUCUGGUGAUCCUGAGGAUUAACCGUGCUGCCACUUUUGUAAAGUGGUCACCCUCUGAGAAUAAGUUUGCAGUGGGCAGUGGAGCUCGACUUAUCUCUGUCUGCUACUUUGAGUCUGAAAAUGACUGGUGGGUCAGCAAACACAUCAAGAAGCCGAUUCGCUCCACUGUCCUGAGCUUAGACUGGCAUCCAAACAACGUCCUGCUAGCUGCAGGGUCAUGUGACUUCAAAUGCAGAGUCUUUUCUGCAUACAUCAAGGAAGUGGACGAGAAACCAGCUGCCACUCCCUGGGGUUCUAAGAUGCCCUUUGGUCAGGUGAUGGCAGAGUUUGGUGGCGCUGGCAGUGGAGGAUGGGUACACAGCGUCAGUUUCUCCGUCAGCGGAAACCGCCUUGCUUGGGUCAGCCACGACAGUACUGUGUCGGUCGUAGAUGCUCCUAAAAGCAUGAUGGUCUCCCACCUAAAGACUGAAUACCUUCCUCUUCUGAGUGUGAUAUUCAUCUCAGAGAACAGUGUUGUAGCAGCUGGUCAUGACUGCUGCCCAAUGUUGUACAAUUAUGAUGACCGUGGCACCCUGACCUUCAUCUCUAAAUUAGACAUUCCGAAGCAGAGCAUCCAGCGCAACAUCUCUGCCAUGGAGCGCUUCCGCAACAUGGACAAGAGAGCCACUACCGAGGACCGCAACUCGAACCUGGAGACACUGCACCAAAACAGCAUCACCCAAGUGUCUAUAUAUGAAGGCGAUAAAAGAGAUUGUUGGAAAUUCUGCACUACUGGAAUUGAUGGAGCCAUGACCAUAUGGGAUUUCAAGACGCUGGAGUCUUCUAUCCAGGGCCUUCGGAUCAUGUGAAGGAAAUAACAGCUAUCUAGCAAGACGACAGUGUGGAAGAAGUGAGAGCCUAGCACUGCAUUCCCUAAAUAACUUUCAAUAUUGCAGCAUGAAGCACUGAUGAAACUACAAACCACAGAAGAAAAAAAAAAAUUGGAAUAAUUGUUUUUUAAUUUAGCUGUGAUUUCCUUUACUGAGGCUGCUGCAGCAGUUUGAUAGAGGCAUUCGAGAUCUGUCCCUCCAGUGGCAUUGUAAAACACUAACUUAAAGGGGAAUUUUAUGUAAAUGGUCUGCUAGAAAUAAAAUAAAUAUGAAAAAAAAAAA